GUGCUGACAUUACUGCUGCUGGAAAUCUGUCUCCUACUGAUUUAUUAUUAUUAUCAGGAACCAGUCAAGCAGCUCCUCAUGUUGCUGGAACAAUUGCUUUGAUUAUUGCAUCUAGCGGGAAUAGAUCUCCAGACAAAAUGAAGGAAUUCCUCGACAAAUUAUCGACAAAAAAUGUAGUAAAAGGAUUUAUUGGAAGUGCUCCAAAUAGAUUUUUACGUGUUCCACAUUCUUAA